UUACUACUGCCGUAAAGUGUUUAUAAGAACAAUUUUUGGUGUUAUUAUAAUUUUGGUGAAUGAAAAAUAAUUGUGGAUUUGUACAAAAUCACUAAAAUUUGUAUUUAUUAAAACAUCAUACUAAAAUAUGACAAGAUAAUGCAGAUUAUUGUUAUUUACAAAAAAAAUCUUUACAAAAUGAAAUGUUUAUCUACAAAAUAGUGUUUUCAUCAAAUUUAUGCGUACACCAAGGCUUUAAUACACUUGAUUAGUACGUAAUUUUAUUUGCCAGAAAAUGACUGUACAAAGUAAAUUUGCAACCCUGUCCAUGACAUGCCAUGAAUAUGUGCAUCCAUGGACAACCAGCUGUACAGAGGCGCAAGCCGGUCUUAUACUCCAUGCAAUCCAGGAUUGUCUACGGCUGUACGUAACAGUUUAUACACUAGCGUUAUUAAUGAAAGGUCGAAUACCAAGGCUGAUUGAUAUAAAACGACUUAUACUAGGUGUUCUACAAUCAAGCGCAUUUUUAACGAUGAGCGCAUUUAGUUAUUCAUUUUUUGCCUGUUUUCUCAGGAAUACAAUUGGACAUUUUAAUUUCUUGACAAUAUCAUUUAUACCAUCAUUUUUAUCAAGUGUAUGUUCAAUUUUAAUCGAGCGGCCAUCACGACGAAGUUUAUUAUGUUUGUAUGUAGCAAAUGUUGCCACCGAAACAGCGUGGCGUAUGGCAGUAGCACGAAAUUAUGUGUCACCUAUAAAAUAUGGCGCCGUUUUAAUAUUUGGCAUCAGUUCAGCCAUAUUAAUGUACUAUUUCCGAUGUGGACAACAUAAAGAUGAAGAUAAUAAAAAUGAUUCAAUGUUUGAUCUACUCAGAUUUGUUGUUGGACCAUAUGAAGAAAAUAAUUAUGCUGAAAUGCGUUCAAAUCAACGUGCCGAUACAUUUUAUAGACAAGUACAAAAUGCACCAGAUCAUGUUGUUGAUCCAAAUAGUCGAUAUUCAAGAAGUCAUUCCAUUACAAAAAAGAAAACAUUUUUACAUGCAUUAACGCAAGCACUGAAAGUCUAUAAACGAUUAAUUUAUCAAAUUAAAUGCGGAGCACGAAAAAAUGUUUGUCCGCAUCCAUUUAGCUGUUUAUAUUAUGUGAUGUCUGGAGGUGUAAAACAAUUUUCAGUUGGAUUUGGCCUUCAAUUGUGUUUAAAAUUACUUUUAAAUGCAAAACGUAUUAUUAAAAGACCUAAACAUAUUAAAUCUGUGUUAUGUAAUAAGAGUAUUUUGUCGUUAGGUUUAUUUUUAGGCGGUUACUCUGCAUUAUUUAGGUUAAUUUCUUGUUUAUUAAGAUGGUCGACUGGUAGAGAUAGUCCAUUAUUUGCAUUACCAGCUGGUCUUUUAGCCAGUACAACAUUUACACAAUAUCCAGACAAUACAGUAGCAUUAUAUGUUAUGUGGAAAAUGUUGCAGAGGACCUACUCCAUUGCUGUAAAAAGGGGAUUUGUAUCAGAGUUACCUGGUUUUACAAUAUUCCUAUACGCUUUAAGUACAGCUACAUUAUUCCAUGCAGCUAUAUUUGAACCAACCAAUUUACGACCAAGUUAUUGGAAAUUUUUACAUACAAUUUCAGGAGCUAGAAUUGCUGUGAUGUCACGUGAUCAAUUAGAUAUUUAUGGUUUAAAUACGACUAAAUCGUUAGAGGAAGUUUUGAAACGCACACAUACUGCGGCCGUUAUAAACCAAAUCCAAUUUUAACUUUAAGAAAUUAAGUAUCCAAAUCCAAUUUAAAUAUAAAUUAGUGAAUUUUUCAAAAUACUUAACCUCUUUUUCAUAUUCUUGAUUAAUUGUUAUAGCUUAAUUUUGGGGUCAAGUUUAGUCACACUUGUACUAUUUAACGCAUUAAUCAUAAUAAUGAAAAUGUAUCUAUAUUUUUGUGAUUUUCUUUCCAGUGGCAUGAGAGUGUUUUGUUGAAACAAAAUAUUUUUCGUUUUUGUUUUCGCUGCACGAUUGGAUAACGUGGAGCGAAAAAAUUAGUAACCAUCAAAAAUUGGCUUUGUAGAUUCCACUUUUUUCAAACCCGAAACUUUAUGCCCAGAAUCAUAUUUAAAGACUGGUUAGGAACUAAUAUUAAAGAGCGUUGUUAUGGAGGUAAAUCUAUUUAAGUUAAGGUGACCAAUUUAGAAUUUAAAGUUUUUUACGGAUUUUACACUUAAUCAAGAAUAUGAAAGAUGUUAAUUACAAUAUUUAAGAAUUAAUGAAAUAAUUAGUGUAUUAUUAGAAAUGAUUAUGGUUGAUAAUACAGACAAAAUAAAAAGACUUUUAUACAAUUCAAAGAUACGAACAGGCGAACUGUGCAGUAAUAGGGUUUGAUAUUUUAAAUUUUUAAAAAAGGAACCCAAAAACGAUUUUUUUCAUUAACGGUCAUUAUUCAGCUACAUAAAAUAUGCUCAAAUAUUAAAAUACGAUUUUUUAUGCUAAAUAUUUCUUCCAUCUGUAAAAAUAUUCAUUUGUUGCUUGAGAAGACGAACUACUAUACUCGUCGUAAAAAGAAAGUCGUUCGUAAGGACAACAGUUUUAAAUUUUAUAUUUGUUUUUUUUUCUAUUGUUUAAUCAUUUUUG